GGCCUUGUAUUUUAGAUUAUCGUUACUUUUCUUUGUCUCAUCGGUUUUUUGUUGGAGUUCGCGAGCGUUUGGUUCUUUGCCCGUCGGAAGGCUUCUUAGGAUUCUAGUGUGUUUUGCGGGAUGCGGCAAUAUUCGAUUAGAGUUUCUGUUCUAUUCCGUAGGGCCGAGAUGACAGUGUAGCUGCGCGGAGGUUAUAGGAUCGUAUAGUAUGAGAGUUCACAUCGCGUUGUGUAUGUCUGGCGUGUGCACACCAUCGAGGUCUUUGUCCUUAAAUGCGUCGCGAGUAGGUUUUGCUAGCUCGUGAGAGAGGUAGCCUCCCUUUAGUGUCGCUUUGAGAAGGCUUAUCGGGGAAUCAUCGACAAGUAGGAAGCUGCUGAUGUUCGUGUUCGAACGUCUCCUGCUGGUGAUGCCUAUUUGUAGGGGUAAGCGGACUAGCGGGCGACUUCCUUACCUGCUGUGACGAGCGACCUACCACAGUGUAAGGUGACGGCGUGGUCCUGACAGUUGGUGUGGGGACGGCUGCGCGGUUGUGGGCGGCUGAUUAACUUUGUGCUGACUGCGUUGUCGUUACUCUAUGCUUCCACGACCAUACUUGGUGUUAGUUUCGGCCGCCAGAUUUAUCAACUCAUAGUCGUCUUUGGGAAGAGUAUUUGCGUGAAAAUGGACAGGGGUAAUGUGGCAGCUGCUGCCGAUGCAUUUUUGGCUGGGCUUGAGAAUCAAGCAGCCGCUGAACAUCUGAAGCAGCAAGAAGUGAAUGCCUUCGCACCCAAUGAAUAUGCCUCUGGGGAUUACGAGUCUCACAAUGGACAUGGAAUGGGCUAUCGUACCUAUGGUCAGGGUGAAGCUCAAGCUCCAUGGUCGCAGCAACAGUCUUAUGGUCAAUCAGUAGCAUACGACCAACAUCAAUCAAAUCAAUCGCAGGAUUACUCGGCCAAUGGGUCUGAAGCAGCAGGUGGAAGUAUCGGUGGGGAAAGAGGCACGAAUGGUUAUGAUGGCUACAUUGACAUGGUUGGACGUGGAGGUUCGGGCUAUAGUCAAAACAAUGGAGCUAGUGAGUUCGGUACAGGGAUAAGUAGCAAUGAAGAGUGCAAGCAUUACAAUUAUGGAGCAGCUCCUGUGGAAAACCAUAAUGCUGUUGAAGGAGAAAAUGGAGGUGCAAGAGGGGUUAACGGAGAGGGAGGGAGCGAUGGUAAUAGUGACCAAAAUGCUAGUGCAGGUGUAGAUGGGAGUUCUGGUAAGAAGCGAAGAAGCCGCUGGGGUCCUCAAGAAGGUGAAGGAGAAGGAAACGAUGCCGAAGGGUCAGGGGGCAAGAAACGGAAGUCUCGAUGGGCUGCUGAAGAACCAAACCUUCCAUUGCUUGGUCAAAUUCAGCUUCCUGAUUUUGUUAAGGAGCUUACAGGUGGAGUUGACCUCGAUCCAGAACUGCAAGCACUCAAUAUUAAACUUCUUGAUAUUAACCGUAAGUUGCAAACUGGUAUGGUGCUCGACCCCGUUGGCGAUGGCAACCGUUCUCCUUCUCCUGAGCCCAUCUAUGACAACAUGGGUAUAAGGAUUAACACGCGAGAAUACAGGGCCAGGGAAAAGUUAACACGUGAGAGACAGGAAGUGAUUGCUAUGCUGAUUAAAAAGAACCCUGCCUUCAAGCCUCCGGCAGAUUACAAGCCGUUGAAACAUUAUAAGAAGCUCUACAUACCAGUGAAAGAGUAUCCGGGGUACAACUUCAUCGGGUUGGUAAUUGGCCCUCGUGGCAAUACUCAGAAGCGGAUGGAGAAAGAAACGGGAGCUAAGAUUGUCAUACGGGGAAAGGGUUCAGUCAAAGAGGGGCGGUCCGCUCAAAAGAGAGACUUAAAGCCCGAUCCUUCUGAGAAUGAGGACUUACACGUUUUGGUAGAAGCGGACACAGAGGAUGCUUUAGAGAAGGCUGCAGGUAUGGUUGAAAAGUUAUUGGUGCCGGUUGAGGAAGGUCGAAAUGAACACAAACGAGCACAGCUGCGGGAGCUUGCAGCCCUGAAUGGAACCAUAAGGGAUGAUGAGUAUUGCCGGCUAUGUGGGGAGCCUGGGCACAGACAGUAUGCCUGCCCUGCUAGACACUCCACUUUCAAAAGUGAUGUUUCGUGCCGCAUUUGCGGAGACGGUGGUCAUCCAACAAUCGAUUGUCCGCUGAAAGGGUCCGCGCAGGGGAAUAAGAUGGAUGAUGAAUACAAGAAUUUCUUAGCUGAACUUGGCGGCGGUGGUCCUGAUGGAAGCGUUUCACCUGCUGGAACUGGGGGUGGCGGAGGGGAGGUCGGCUCCGCUCGUCAAUCAGGUCCCACUUUGGCAUUACCUGGGCCUCAAGGAAGUCCCAGCCUUCCAUGGGCCGGAGGCACAACAGGUGGUGCUGCCAUGGGUUCAGGAGGAGGGCGGAGUGGCCCGGGCGGACCAGGUCUUGGUGCUGUUCAAGGGGGUCCUCCAGGUGGAGGCUUCAGUGGAGGGAAUGCAAUGGGUCCUCCCAGUUUGGGGGGACCACAAGGUGUUGGAAAUACUUAUCAAGGUGGACCGAAAGGUGGGGGUGGCAAGUUCAACAAGGAUGACGAUGCUAAUCUCUACGUGGGAUAUUUGCCAAGCUCAGUUGACGAUGAAGGUCUAGCGCGUCUAUUUGCACCUUUCGGUGCUGUGGAACACGCAAAGGUUAUCAGGGACCGUCUUACUGGUGCUUCCAAGGGUUAUGGGUUCGUGAAAUUUUCUGAUCCUUCAUCUGCAACUGCCGCAGUGACUCACCGGAAUGGUUACCGAUUAGAAGGUAGAGUUCUUGCUGUGAGAGUGGCAGGACCAGCGCCACCUCCUAGAGGUGUGGGUGGAGGAAAUGGAGGGCCUCCUCAAAAUGGUGAUCCUAUGGGAGGGGGUGGGUAUGCCCCUCAGUUACCAAGUGGUGGGCCUCCUCGAGGACCUCCAGGAGGUGGCCAUAUGACCCCUCCUCCAUGGGCUACCUCACCUGGUCCUAUGCCUCAGUACAAUCCAUAUGGUCCUCCCCCACUUGGUCCUAAUUCUUACGGUCCUCCAAUCAGCCAAGGUUACGGUCCCCCUCCCCAAGGGCAAGGUCAUCAUGGUGCCCCUCCUGGUCACUACGGUGGUCCAUACAAUAGCUACGCUGGUGGACCACCCCCUCAGGGUGGUCCUCAGGGGCAGCCAGGCGGUGUGGAUGUUGGAGUGCAUGGGAUGCCUCUUCAUGGGCCUGGAAUGGGCGGUAUGCCACCAGGUGGGCAAGGGGGAAUGGGCCCAAGGCCAGGUAAUACAGGGCCUGUUGGAGGAAUGGCAGUAGGAGGUUACGGCGCUGCCACUCAAUACCAUGGUUACUAUGCUCCCCCUCCUUCAAAACCUGCUCCGCCUAUCCCUCCACCUUCUGUGUCAUCUGGUGGAGACACAGCUGCUUCCAGUUGGGGUGGGAACGUGGGUGUAACUCCGGUUUCAAGCGGACAGAGCAAUGCAGUUGAGUCAGAGUAUGAAAGGUUUAUGUCAGAGAUGGGGCGCUGAUACCACGAUUGAGUCUAACAAAAAUGGUAGGUCUUGGUUGAUAUAAACAACUUGGGGUGUCGGGUCUUUACAUGGCUGUCGUGUAUCGUAUUAUUGGACGUUAUGCUGGAGGCGGUUGGGUUGCGGUUAAGGUAAACUCUGACGAGCUAGCGGUCGUUGCUUUACUUACCGCCUUCAAUCGUGAAAUAGAUGGUUUAUGGAGGGGCGUUCUAUGAAUUGAAGUGGCGUCCAUCCAUGCGAGAGCUUAUGUCGAGGAUAUAGGAACCAAUCUAUGCUGGAGGUAGUGUAGAGAUGCAACAAUUACGUGACCCUUGUUCUCUGUAGCCACCAAGAAGAGGCAGCCUUUGUGACAUUAUCGCAGAUUGUACUACACAGCUUGUUUAUCAGGUUGUUGGACUUGAUUGAACUGUCCCAGACUGGAAGCAACGCAGGUGCCUCAAUUUCUCGAAGUUCAUACCAAAGCAGGUGGACGAUUUUGUGCUGCAAAAUCAAGAAUCUUUUGAUGACAGGAAGAUAUUGAAGACCUGGUGCAGAGAUGUUCUAACUCGGUACUUUGGCGUGGAUCCUAACGUGGUGUUCCUGUGGAAUACUGAUGCUGAGUAUGGGCAGAUUUUUAAUAGAAUGCCAGUUCCUGCAAAUUUUUAUGGUACCUGCCUUGUUAUUUCAAGUGCAUAACGAUGUAGGUUGCGGCGAUUUGUGACAUGUAGUGUUGAGAAUGCUGAUGGCAGCUGUGCUGACGGGAUUUCUAUCGCAGGGCUGACGUUUAGUAUUGAUAGGAGCUCAGUGUGAAUCAAGCUUUAGUACUAGGUUGUCUUGUUGACUAUAAGUUCAUAUGGAUGUUAUUUCAUAAGUUGCGUGUUAUUCACAUGUUUCUCGUGUGAUACUAACGUUGAUGCUUAACGUGGUACUGGCUUCCUUGUUGUGAUUUUUGAGAUGGGUUAAGCUCAAAUUGUACUUUUGUUGGUAUUAUCCAGGAUUCUCCUUAACGCUUGUGUAUUAUUUGGUGACUAGCCCUGUCUGUUUUUUCACUGUUGUGUACUCUUCAAUGUUUGCGAGGAUUUAAAUUAUUUCGUUUGUUGUAGACGAUGGAUAGCAGUUUUUUUGACGUUACCAAAUUGUUAGUCUAAUUUCACCAGUAUGAAGUGGCUGUUUACGUGCUGUUCGACCUUUCCAUGCCCCAUAUUUUAUGGUGCUUUAAACAGUGAUGUCACUGAAUUGCAGAUAUACUUUGGUGCCGGACUCACCUUGCGGUUACAGUCAGAGUAAUCCUAGUUGUCAUUGUGAAUGAAUUGUUACUUGUGGAUCUUGUCUCUACCAAACUUAGAUCAUGAAUCUGGCCGAACCCUCGACUAGUCUCGAUGGUUUGUAAGAUUGAAUGCGUCUUUCGCUGUGCCUUGUAAUCUUCCUAUCUAACUGUUCAUGUCCAGGAUAUCAUUGUAUUUUCCCUUCAUUUUUUCAGGUAUGGACUGACGGAUCCAUUCUUCCAGUUGACAGGAAGCUAAUUUUGUCUAUUUUGGAUAUUUUUAAGAGGAUAGCAGUUUAUGUUGUGUGAUCUUCACUGCAUUUUAUUUACUACUCCUGUAUCUGAUAAUCGUGUUUUUGGUCGAUUUUCAUUUUAUUUUAUUUAUUUUAAUGGGAUUUGAAUGAAGCAAUUCCGAUUUUGAAGGUAAAGAGACUUUUACCGUGAUUUCAUAUGGUUAUUGUUGUCUUGAGAGGCCUUAAAGCCAAGGAUUAAAAACAAUUAGCGGCAUGGUACAAAUGAUUUCGGCUGGUUAUCUGUAGCUGUAUUUCCUUGAGUAUCCAACUUCCUACAAGUAGAGCUGGUUUACACCUUUUUAGUAAUGUCGAUAAUUACGUACAUGCGAUAUUGUUUACAAACUAGGAUCAGGGCAAGUGAAGGAUCUGCGUGGUAAGCAUUUAAUUGAUCUGUUGCUUUGGAACUGUACUUUUCCAUUGGUUUUUGUGCUUUUUGUCACUUGCAGCUGCUAUGAAUGAGGCGAAAUCAAGCCAAUUUAUGUAAUCAGUUCUUUCUUUCCAAGCAAGUGUGGACUAGCAUGGUAGUUCUAGACGAGGUCCUUGAUUAUAGCUGCUGCGGUCCAUACUUCGCCAUGAGACCAUGUAUAGCUUGUAACGAACCCCAGAAUUGUUAGUCUGUCGUUAUAGUUGCUAGCUACCUAGCAGAGAUCUGAAACGUACACUGAGAGUUUUAACUCAUCAUAAUAGCUGAUUGUAAAUCCUACACCUACUAAGGAAGAGAUGUUACCUGGUACUUCAAAUGUUUGUGAGAUAUGGACACUUCAAGUGUGGAGGUCCAUUUCAAACGGUAAUCAAUAGCCCGUGAGAGUAACAUAUACAACUUAGAGUUUUGAAUAUGCCUCGUGAAUUUUUCGGGAGAGUACACUGCUCCUGCUAUCAUUGAUAAUAAUUCGGUCAAUAAAUGUCACCUGUGACCUGCUAACUCUGUUAA